AUGACUGAUACCCAACAGUGUCCCAAUGAAAAAUUCGGAACUUCUCUUGGCAGUGACUUAUCGUGGCUACCCACCCACCUCUGCCGCCACUUCUCAAUCGCGGAAAUCAUAGCAGCAACCAACAACUUCGAUGAACUCUUAGUCGUUGGCGUGGGAGGCUUCGGCAACGUGUACAAAGGCUACAUCUACGACGGUUCAACACGCGUCGCAGUGAAAAGGCUCAAACGAGGUUCUCCGCAAGGUAUUAACGAGUUCGUGAACGAGAUCGAAAUGCUUUCUCAACUACGUCAUCUCCAUCUUGUUUCCCUCAUCGGUUACUGCUACGAGAGCAACGAGAUGAUACUCGUUUACGAUUUCAUGGGUCGUGGAACCCUCCGUGUCCAUCUCUACGACUCCGAUAACCCCUCCCUUCCUUGGGAGCAAAGGGUCAAAAUAUGCAUAGGUGUUGCAAGAGGAUUGCAUUAUCUGCAUACAGGUGUGAAGCAGUCGAUCAUUCACCGUGACGUGAAGAGCACCGAUAUCUUGUUGGAUGAAAAAUGGGUGGCCAAGGUUUCAGACUUAGGUUUAUCCAGAAUUGGACCCACAGGUCUUUCGAUGUCCCAUGUGAACACUCAGGUGAAAGGCAGCAUAGGAUACUUAGACCCGGAGUACUCGUUUGGGGUAGUGCUCUUGGAGUUAUUGUGUGGGAGACAACCUUUGGUUCACUGGGAGGAGAAGCAACGGGUAUCAGUUGUUAAAUGGGCGAAGCAUUGCUAUGAGAAGGGAUGUCUAUGUGAAAUUGUGGAUCCCUCGUUGAAGGGCCAGACAGCAGCUCAGUGUUUUCAUAAAUUUGGUAAGAUUGCGAGCUGCUUGCAUGAGGAUGGGACUGAAAGGCCCUCCAUGAAAGACGUGGUUGGGAUGCUCCAGUUUGUUCUGCAACUUCAGUAUAGCGGUAUUGGUGAGGAGGUGUCGGACAGUGAUGUGUGUAGCCAACAUGAUACAGAUUAUAGUAAGAGCACCACAGCAAGCGACGGAGAUAAUAACAUUAAGGAUCCAAAGGGACGAUGA